AUGAUAACCAAGGUUGAACAUGAUAUUCACAAAAAGAUCGAAAGGGAACAAAACAUCAUCCAGGGUGCGUCGCAGCUGAAAAAGAAAACCGACAAUGUCAUGGUGAUUCAGAAAUGCAAUACCAACAUUCGAGAAGCACAGCAGAACAUUCAGUACCUGGAAGAAACCCUGGCGAAAAUUCACAUGCGCCAAGACCCUGCCAACCAGGAGAAAACUUCCAAGAACGAAAACCCGGCCUAUGGCCAACUUUCGACCAUUGCGCCCGAAGAGCAUCUGUUUUCGCGACUCGAUCUGGUGAAGUACGAUUGCCCCUCUUUGUCGCAGCGGAUCCAGUACAUGCUGCAACAACUGGAGUUCAAGCUGCAGGUCGAACACCAGUACCAGGAAGCCAACGAAAAGCUGACCAAGUUGUAUCGGAUUGAUGGGGACCAGCGCAGCAGCUCUGCUGCGGAGGGAGGCUCCCGAGAGUCUAAACAGCGCAUCCAGCUCCUCACCAAGGCUUUAAAGAAAUAUCAGGCUAUUAACGUAGAUUUGGAUCCGUUCAUGGACGCGAGCGCCGCAGCAGCUCAAAACAAGUACAGGAGAAAACAACUGUCAGGAGUUCUUACGAUUGGUAUCAAUGCAAUCCGCGAUGUUGACCAUGUUCAGUCGCCCUUAUUCUCUAGGAAGCCAGAGACCUUUAUCAUCGUUAAGAUAGACGAUACCGUAAGGGCAAAAACAAAGCCGUCGAGAAACGACCGGUGGCACGAUGAGUAUAAUAUUCACGUUGAAAAGGGGAAUGAGAUCGAGAUUGCUGUUUAUGAUAGAGUAAACGAUCAAAUGGUACCUGUUGCCGUAAUGUGGCUGCUUCUCUCGGACAUUGCAGAGGAGAUUCGUAAAAGAAAGGCAGGCCAAGUCACACAGAACAUGGGACAGGCGGGUUGGUCCAACAGUCGGGAUGCGACUUCAGGAACCUCAGGUCCAACUUUAACGUUGACUUCAACGAACAGCGCGGGCAAAGAGUUAAAGACGGAUUCAGAUGACUUAAAUGAUUCAUCACAAUCAAUCACAUCACAUUCAUGGUUUGUUUUAGAGUCCUCCGGCCAAAUUUUACUCACCUUAGGCUUCAAAAAAUCUGAUACACCGUCCAGAAAGCAUCUCAUGGGGGGAUUACACCGUCAUGGUGCCAUCAUAAACCGCAAGGAAGAUGUAUAUGAACAACAUGGCCAUCACUUUGUGCAGAAAUCAUUCUACAACAUUAUGUCAUGUGCGUAUUGUGGGGAGUUUCUAAGAUAUACCGGUUUUCAAUGCCAAGAUUGUAAAUUUCUCUGUCACAAGAAAUGUUACGAUCAUGUCGUUACAAAAUGCAUCGCCAAGACCAGCACUGACACGGAUCCAGAUGAAGCAAAACUCAAUCAUAGAAUACCUCACAGAUUUGAGCCUUUUCCAAACCGUGGUACCAAAUGGUGUUGCCACUGUGGAUACAUUUUACCUUGGGGUCGUAAGAAUGUUAGAAAAUGCUCGGAGUGUGGAAUUAUGUGUCACGCUCAAUGCGCUCACCUUGUGCCUGACUUCUGUGGAAUGUCGAUGGAAAUGGCCAACACAGUGUUGACCGCGAUUCAAGACACCAAGCGCACACAGGAGCAAAGGCGGAAAAUAGCUUCAUCUGUAAACAAGAUCGGGACCAAGGAACAUGUAUACUCUGACGUGCAUUCACAUCCCUCACCUCAGAAGCCGCUACCUCGAGCUCCUGAUGAAGUGCGCAGAGAUCUGGAUGAUUUUGCCUUGAAAGGUGAAUUGUUCAAGGAUGAGAUGCAAGAGCUAAAACCUACUUCAAACUCUCAUCCAACAUUGAGACCUACUGCCCCUCAGAACGUACGAGAAGAACAUGCUAAAGAUAGGCUCAAUGAUUUCAUCGACAAAAACGCUUUUGAAUACGAUGAUUUUUCUCGUACGUUGGAUCCGGCUCACAUAGAACCUGAGCAAGAAAUAUCGUUACAAGGCGUUGAUGCUUCUAUCACUGCAAAAUUAAGAGAAAAUGAUUGGUAUCAACAGCAGGUCGAGAAUGCAGCGAGCACUUCCACCCAGACGGAAGACAAGUACAAUGACGAAGACACCCAGGCGCUGCUAGAAACUAGACCUUUCUCCAAUACUGAAGCUGUCGUCGAACCGCGUGUCAAGGUUGAUGCUACGCCUUCUCAACAGUAUAAUGGUAGCAAUAACCCAUUUCGUCAAGCUGCUUAUCCAGAGAUGGAAAGAGAAGCCGUCGCUUCCGUUGCAUAUGCCCGUCCUGUACCUGAUCAACAACAACAACAACCAAUUGGAACCGAGGCUCUUUCUAAGCAGCCUUCUCCGCAAAAGCAGCAUGGGGUCUCGAAGCAUAAGAAAAGAGGCCCCAAACGUCGCAAAAUUUCCUUGGAUGAUUUUAUUCUCCUCAAGGUUUUAGGAAAAGGUAAUUUCGGAAAAGUUCUUCUGGCCAAAUCCAAGAAUAACGAACGUCUGUGUGCCAUCAAAGUACUAAAAAAGGACCAUAUCAUCAAGAAUCAUGAUAUCGAAAGUGCGCGAGCUGAGAAAAAAGUAUUCCUGUUGGCGACAAAGGCAAAGCAUCCGUUUUUGACCAAUCUAUUCUGUUCAUUCCAAACAGAAAACAGAAUUUAUUUUGCUAUGGAGUUUAUUGGAGCUGGUGACUUGAUGUGGCACGUACAAAAUCAACGCUUGUCUGUGAGGCGAGCAAAGUUCUACGCCGCAGAGGUUUUGCUCGCAUUAAAGUAUUUCCACGACAACGGUGUCAUUUACAGAGACUUGAAGCUUGAAAACAUUCUUUUGACGCCUGAAGGCCAUAUCAAGAUUGCCGACUACGGGCUUUGUAAAGAUGAAAUGUGGUACGGGAACAGAACGUCAACUUUCUGCGGCACCCCAGAAUUCAUGGCUCCCGAAAUUUUGAAAGAACAAGAGUACACCAAAGCAGUCGACUGGUGGGCUUUUGGUGUGCUUUUGUAUCAGAUGCUACUUUGCCAGUCUCCGUUUUCUGGCGACGAUGAAGAUGAGGUCUUCAAUGCGAUUUUGACAGAUGAGCCUCUAUACCCAAUCGACAUGGCUGGCGAUAUUGUUCAAAUUUUCCAAGGCCUUCUCACAAAGGAUCCGGAAAGGCGUCUGGGAGCUGGUCCUCGUGAUGCUCUGGAAGUUAUGGAAGAACCCUUUUUCCGGAAUGUCAAUUUUGAUGAUAUACUUAAUAUGAGAAUUCAGCCCCCAUAUGUUCCUGAGAUCAAAGCGGCCGACGAUACGUCAUAUUUCGAGAAAGAGUUUACCUCGGCCCCACCAACCUUAACUCCAUUACCGUCUGUUCUGAGCUCCGAUCUCCAAGAAGAAUUUAGGGGCUUCUCAUUCAUGCCAGAGGAUUUGCUUUUGUGA